UAAUAUAAUAUCAAAAACAAUGUCAGCUUCUAAAUUGAUGUACUCAUCUCCUGGACCUAAGAGUUAAUCUGCUGUUUCAUACGGUGGCGAGAGAGACAGGGCACUUUCUCCAAGCAGAGCCAAGAUCUCCUAAUUAAAUGAAAAGCUCUCUAACCUAUAGCAUUCCAUUAAUGAGGACUAAGCAAUCAAGAAAGAAACAUUCGAGUAGAAAGUUAAAAUCUUGGAGGAUAAAGUUACUAAAUAAUAAUAGAGCGAUGAAUCUAAAUUCAAGUUACUGAAGGAAUAAUUAUCAAAGGUAGAGGAAGGGGCAUAAAAUGAGAAAAUAAUUAGAGAGAGUGGUGAUGAGAAAUUGAGAACAAAAGAUUUGAAGGGAUUGGAAGCCUAUUUAGGUAAAGAAUUGUAAGGAGAGAAAGUGAAUAGGAAAGAUCAUGAAUAAAAGAUCAUUAAAAACACUGACGAUAGAGUCUAUAGUUUAAGAUUGGAUUUGGCUAGGUAAAAGAAAUAUAGAGAGGAAACAGAAGAAAAGAACGCUUAAGAAAUUGGGGAUAGAGUUUUAUAAUUAUAAGAAGAAGUUGAAGAGGAAAGAAGAUAGAGAGAAGAAUAGAACUAACAAACUAUCAAGAGAUUGGGGGACUCAAUACUGAAAUUAUAGGAGAUCUUAACCACUGAGAAAAAGUAGAGAGAAAUUGCUUAGGCUUAGAUGUUUAGAAUGUUGGAUGAAAUGAAUGCAUAUUUGAAUGGUGAAUUGAAUGCUGAAAAAAAUGAGAGGGAAGCUACUGAAGAAACUAUCAUCAACCUCAUUGAUUAAACAUGUAAUAGAGUGGAGAAUUCAUUAAGAAAAUGAACUAUAUAAUAAAGUAAAAACAAAAUAUUUAUUUUUUUAAAUAAAUAUAAAAA